GGUCGGCUCAAGCGGAUAAAGUGAACGGAAGAUGGCGGUCUCUGUUCUCUCUGCAAGUUCAGUCCCAAAGCUCUGCUCCAAUGCAAAACCAGUUGACAUCAGGUCUGGGAUCUUAAACUCGAGUACCCGAACACGGGUCUUCUUCUUCCAACCGCACGAGGAGGUUUUGAGCUGUAGGAGCCGGAGAAGAGACUCUACCAGAUUGAACAUGGGACUGUCUGAGAUCGAGCCCGACCUCAACGAGGACCCAAGAGACCGUUGGGCCACCAACAGUGUUCACCCCGAUGAUUUCGAUUAUGGGAAGUAUGAUGGGCACCAUACGUACUACGAAGGAGAAGAAGAGAAAGGAACCUUCUGGGGAGCAAUUGCAGAUGAUAUCAAGGCAGUCGAGGCCCCGACCGGUUUUCAAGGGAUUAUUUCGUGGCUCUUCCUUCCAGCAGUUGCUGUGGCAAUGUACUUCAAUGCUCCGACGGAGUACUUGUACAUCGGAGCAGCUUUAUUUACGGUGGUCUUCUGCAUAAUCGAGAUGGACAAGCCCGACAAGCCCCAUAACUUCGAGCCUCAAAUAUACAACAUGGAACCGGGGGCUCGGGACAAGCUCAUAGCCGACUACAACACCAUGGAUAUCUGGGAUUUCAACGAGAAGUACGGAGACCUAUGGGACUUCACGGUGAAAAAGGAUGAUAUAACCAAGAGAUAGCUUCUCUAUGAGACAUGAGCCAUAUAUUACCUUCAUCAUUCAAACCCUUUUCUUGCUUGUUUAGUAAAUAUUUAUACUCCGAAUAAUGAAAAGAUAACUGUUCGAGAAA